AUGCACAGAAAUGUGCUACUCUUCCAUGUUGUCGUUCUAGUCAGUGGUAGGUUUGAAAAGUUGAUUAUAGUUGCAAUCAUCUAGGUCUUAAUGUCAUAUUUCGUGAACCUACAAUAACCAAAAUUGAAAUGUUGGCUUUUUCGGUUGAAACAUGUCCAGCUUCAGUUCUGAAGAUUCCAAAAACCAAAUUGGUAGAAGUUUGAGAAUAUAUGCAUUCAGUAUUCGUGGCCCCGGCCAACUCGAAAUCCAGCUACAAGUAUGAUGGCUCGCUGUUCUCGAGCAAAGAACUCGACUACGACGAGACGGACACCAAGGCGAUCGGGUCGGUCUUCUCCAGAUAUAUGGCCGACUCGGACUCGCAACUGAUUCUCGAUUUGGACGUGUUCCGCCACUUUUUCAACUACGCAGAAGCCUACAAAUCGGGCGCCGAAGAGGGAAAUCUGGAGUUAAUGAAGUACGCGGUGGAGAUGGUCGAGAAGUUAAAGUCGUUCGAUAUCUCAAUGGGUUUGUCUAUUAUCUUCAUACCUAGUACUUUACUUUUUCAGUUGCCAACUUUUUUCCUAGAUCACUGCCAAGAGAACUGUAUAUAUCUUGAAAGUUUGAGACUGUCGUAACUUGCAUGAGUUACAAUACUCUUAGGAAGCAUCGGAUCAAAAAGCUGCCAACAACACAAAUGAAGUACACAUCUAGUACAACAUUUUUGUGGUCGACAACUUUUUGAUCCGAUUACUCCCGAAAGUACAAUAACUUCCUCACCGUUCAGCUUGCGUGGGCGACAUGAUGCACCUGGCGUGGACUGGAGUAGAAUACGCAACGCACGUGGAAGAGCACAGAAACUGCUCCGACUGCAAGUGCACACCGCUUUUCCAGCAGAAAAAGAGCGAACGGCACUGGAUUUUCAAUGUGUUCGACGCGAUGGGAAAGGUGCCGGCGGGUAUCAUGAGCGGGAACAAUCUCUGGGUGGGCUCGUGGAGCACGUGUCGGAAGAUUGAUGUGGUCAAGAAUGCUCAAGGGUGAGGGUGGGAAAGGGAAGUGCGCUCUAGUGAUAAACUGAUUUACAGACAGAAAUGGAAAGGACAAUACUGUCUGGCCACUAUUGACGCGUAUGAACGGGACAAUCCGUUGGUUUACUUCGGAAACAUGAUGUCUGGGGCGCCGGAUCGACAUUGUUAGUAAGUGAAUUGAUACUAUUAGGAGAGGGUACCAUAAUCCGUCGUUUCAGCGAGAAAACCGUCAAAAAUUUCACCGACGACGGUUCCUGUUUUGCCCUGUUCCCUGUUCUGAAAUUCGGCGUCUGCAUGCCGAACACUUGUACCGAUUAUGAUGUGAAGCGGAUGUUGACUUUUGGUAAGCCUACUAGAGUCUCUAAAUCAAGAAACGCGUGAUAUUGUAGCAAUCAGAGCCACCGAAGCGGCAGUCGGCACCGAAUCAGUGUGCAACGUGGACGUCGAGUGCCGUGCAGAGUCGUAUUCGGAUGCGAUGAGCGAAAACGGACUGGCCAUGUUCGCCCUAUAUUUGCUCAUCGCUACCGUAGUCCUCGUGGCGUUUGGAACGCUCUACGAUCUGUUCAUAGUGGCCAACAAUCCUCCGGAGUCUCAUCACCAUCCAGCUAUCAGUCGUAUGUUUUAAUUAAGUACGGUACAUAUUAUAAAUUCAAACUAAUAAUACUUCAGAUCCAUUCAUCAAGUUCAUUCUGGCCUUCUCGAUGUACUCGAACGGGAGUGAGAUCCUUCAAUCCAAAAAGAACGACAAAGAGAUCAAUUCGCUGCACGGCGUCCGAUUCCUGAGCAUGUGCUGGAUCAUUCUGGGUCACACCUAUUACUACAUCGGGACCAGUCUGACGACGGACAAUCUCGUGCCCACUUUGAUCAAUUUUCCGCAGCAAUUCCACACUCAAAUAAUUGUCCAAGCCCCGUUGGCCGUCGACUCUUUCUUCUUUUUAAGGUGAGAUCCUAUUCGGACCAAACUUGGCUAGACCUGAUCGUUUAAGUUCAAACCUACAUACUUAACAUUUCAGCGGAAUGCUGGCCGCCUUCUCGUUCUUCAAGCGAACCAUGAAAGCCGACCCGAACCAUCCGCCCAAACUCAGCGCGUUCAACAUCCAAACGUGGCCGAUGUACUACUACAAGAGGUACGUGCGGAUCACGCCCACGUACAUGACCGUCAUGCUCUUCGACGUUACUCUCUUCACCUACAUCUCGAACGGACCGUUCUGGCGGCCGAUCGAACGACAGGGAUGUCGACACGCCUGGUGGACCAACUUAAUCUAUUUGAACAACUUUUUGCUUCAAGAUGUUGAGUGUGUAAGUUAUUUACAGAGUGUGCCUCAAAGAGUAUUAUCCAUACAGUGCAUGGGUUGGACGUGGUACCUGGCCAACGACAUGCAAUUCCACGUGGUGCUCAUGCCGAUCUUGGUAAUUGCCUUCUUGAAAUGGGGCAUGAAGAUAGGGCUGGGAGUCUCGACCGGAAUCAUCGGAUUGUCAUCGCUCAUUCGUCUGUUUAUCACCCAGAUCAAGGGAUAUCCACCGGCGCCAUUAUUGACGGCCAAGCUUCAGAUGUAAGUGAAGGUCAGCAACACCUGUAAACUCUGCAAAUUUCAGCGUACACCAACUGAACGACUACUGGAACGACGUGUACGUGCGUCCGUACAUCAGAUGCACUCCGUUCAUCGUAGGCGUUAUCGUCGCCUACCUUCUGAACGCCUGGACGAGCCGCGAUCAAAAGGAUCUGAAGAUCAAAUUGGAGCGGAGGACGGUGCUCAUCGGUUGGUGCACGUCCACCAUUCUCGGCCUCUACGCAGUCUUUGGCCUCUACUAUUUCGCCAAGACCGGAGACAUUUCCAAGGCCUGGGAGGUGCUCUACACACUGUUCGGAACGCCAGCCUACUCGAUGGCGCUUGGAUGGGUGGUGUUCGCGUGCACGACCGGAAACGGCGGUCCCGUCGAUACGAUUCUCUCCUGGCGACUCUUCGUCCCCCUCUCGAAGAUCACCUUCUGCGCCUAUCUCCUUCAUCCGAUCAUGCUCCAAAUCUACAAUCUCAGCCGUCCCCAGCCCUUCCAUUUCACUACUUUUGUUCAGAUGGUUAGCUUUUUCAGUGUCGAAACUCAUGUGAAUUGAACAAAAAUUUCAGAUCCGGUACACGGUGGAAGCGGUCUUCGCCUCCUACACCCUCGCCUUCUUCUUUUCGCUGGCGUUUGAGAAACCGUUUAACAAGCUCGACGAGAUGCUCUUCGACAGCAAAAAAGUGAUGAAUGGGGAGGCGAAACGAGAUGGCAAUGGAAAUGCGGCUGAGAUGGUCCCACUGAACAGGGUUCGACACUCGGAUUAAUUUUUUCACUCUUUAUUUGAAACAUUAUAUUUUUCUAGUCCUCAUUUCUCCCCCAAGUUUUACUGGUUUCGUGUGGAAUUGUUUUAUGGCGCAGAGCGCAGUUUUAGAAUAAAUUUUAAUUCUUUUUUUUCGCGCCGAGUUGUGGGCGUUGCAAACGCGCUCUAUUGAAACACUUAACUUUUCAGCUUCUUAAGAAAUUACAAUUAAGUUUUUUUCCACUGUAAAAGUGUAGAAUUUGUUGAAUUGAUCUGUUUCGUCUGAAAAUUACGCUCUUCUGUUGUGUCUAUUCUUCGCGUUUUCUACUAAAAUGUGAAAUUUCAGCUAAAAAUCUGAUAGUAUAGCUAUUUCAGACUUCUCAGAAAGGAAAUUUGGUUUCUGCUCCUCUUAUGUUUUGCUUGUCUUCUAAUUUUUGACUCAACGACUUUCUCUUCUCUCGAUAAGUGCGUUUUCCGACUCAUAAAAACCCAAACAGGUGAAACCCAGUCCAAAUCUCAUUUUUCAAAAAAGCGUGUCGUUUUGUUUUAUUUUCAAGCUGAAAGACUCAAAAAGCGGUUGGCUUUUUCAACAAAUUGAAAAUGAACUCCAUCUUUUCCCAAAAAAUUAAAAAAGAUGUCAAGUUGAAAAAAAUGUUUCCGACACAAAAAUGCGUGAGAAGUUUUGCUAAAAUCACUCAAUUUCUCGUUUUUGCCCUUGAGGGGGCCAAUCAGAAACCCAUAUUCAUUUUCCGCUCAUAAGCUUCUAUUCAACCGCUUCUCCUCUCCUCUCAUUCAUCUCGCACAACGAAUCAUCAUCAUAUAUAGGAAUAAUCCGUCCAACGAAACCAACACGAAAAACGGAAAAGAACUAGGUCUUUUCCGCCAUGAUUGUUAGCAUUAAGUACUGGCUGUUGGCCUCCUAGCCACCACCACCACCGCCAGCCGGUCUCUCGUAUUUCGUUGUGGCCCAACCAGGCCGUCGCGGGGAGAAGGCAAGGGAAGAGAGGGAGUGAUGAGAACGAGGGAGGCACACACAGACACACACACAGCGCAGUGACCAGCCCCCCCGCUCGGGCAGAGGGAGGCCGCCUUGCGUGCCUGCUGCUGCCCCGACCGAUCAAUCGCUCACACACACUCAAACACACACACGCACACACUCACCCAACACACUACACUCACACAGGACCGCGUCGCAGCACGCACGCCUCGUUCGAAAAUCGUCUGUGCUGUGGCCUGCUGCUGCACUGCAGGUAUUUGAAUUUGGCGGGGUCUGAAGUUGGUUCCGCGCGCGCCCGCCCGCCAUAUCAACCCCGGGGCCCCCCUUCACGCCUAUUCAUAUGUGUGUGUGUGUGUGGGGGCAAGAAGAAGGGGGAGGGGGCACGACCCACGACGAUGAUGAUGCGCCGACGUUCAAAUAAUUCUCUCGCUUCUCUGGCCUCCUCCAUCCUUCUUCUUCCUUUUUCCCCCCGUUCCCUAUCUCUGCUUUCUCCGUUUUCUCCUGGUUACUCUUGCCAAAAAAUACCGUUUCAUCGCGGAGGCGGAGCUUUCGGAAGACCUACAGAAGCUGCGAGAGAUACAUAGCUCAUCGCUCAUUAUUUCGAAGUUCGCGCCGCUGUAUCUUCUCUGUCCUGUCUGCGUCUCCUUCGGCCUGUGCGCAGUACCACACCGCCAAAUUUGAAAUCUCUAUUGGAAGCAUCUCCAUUUCUAGUGAUGUUGUUCAUCUACUUCUGAAACCUCUAGCUAGUAUCCGUCCACUUUGAUUCUCUUGUUCGAGCUGUUACCUCGCAGAAGAACGCGCCAGUUUUCAUAGGAAAGUGAGCAGUCUUUCGUAAUUGUAUAAUAACAAUUUUGUAAAUAACAUUUUGGCUCUUGCCGAAUUCCACUUGAAAACUAGGCCACUUCUUCAGAACUUCAAAAGUUUUGCUGACUUUUCUCCACUUCAAAGCCAGUGAAGUCAUAAAAAAUCCAAUUUGCCGUUUGGUGUCUAAUGCCCUUUUUCUUUUCUUUUGCCAAUCCUCUUCGCCACCUGUCCCAAUCCCAAAUUACUGUUUAUUCAAUAUGCUGCCUUCCAUUUCUCUCAUUUCCGUUCGUCUCCUUUCCUCCAAAAAUGUUGAUCAACAACAAUCUUCUUCGCACAUUUUUCGGCUCAUCCAUUUGCUCUAUUAGCUGACAUCCAAUCGGUUUCUAGUUUUGCACUAUUAUCAGUUUUGGCAUGUUUUGUAUCUUUAGUGAAAAUAUCAACUCGAUUGGAUUACCUGAGCUAGAAACUAGAAAAGAUUUGCUAAUCUUUGAGUUGAAACUUUUAUCAAAGACACUUCACACCGAGAUUAAAAAUUAUGCAAAAUGAGUACUCGAUCGGCAUAAAUCUCCUCGCCCUCCUCCUCUUGAUUUCGAUCCAUAAUAGCCCAAUACCAAAGUUUUUUCUUCCAGAACCCCACGCAGACAAAAAUGGAAAGUAGAAAACGGAAAUCAGAGCUCGAAAACUACAUCGAUCAGCUGACAGAUCCGCCGGAGAAGCAGCGAAAGAUGACCGAGUUCUACAAUAGUCUGCGCAUGUUCUACAAACGACGCUGGAAUGCGCCGUUGAAGUUGCCCCACGUGCAGGGCGUCGAGGUAAACCUCUACCGGCUCUACGACACUGUCCAGGCUCUCGGAGGCUGGCAGAAGGUGGGCGGAUGCGACAAGUGGUCGGACAUUGCUGAAAUGCUCGGCUGCAAAGAGGAUAUAGUGUGCGGCGACCAUGCGAUCAAACUCAUCUACAUGCGAUAUCUGUCGAAGUUCGAGCAGGUCGAAACUAUUGGCGACGUGGACGACUACGUGGAUAACGAGAUGUCGAGGAGUCGUGGCCGGAAUGCCACAUCGUUCUUCGCCACGAACGACUGUCCGAUCAGCUACAAUCGGAUGCAUCCCGAACAGCCGCCACGCGACGAGAGAGGCCAGAUUAUCACGGAUCCGGACUACGCGCGGCUCACAAAAUCGCUCAUGUCGGGUCUUCCGAACGAAAUCGACUUCGCCAUGAACGUCUGUAUGCUGCUCUCGCACGCGGGACCCAAACAAUUGCGAAUAUGCCACGCGCCGACACUUUUGACGCUUCUGGUCGCCCACACGGGUGUCUACGACGAGGAGGACACUUCCAUGGCCGAGCUGGGAAAGGAUUGGGCGAGAAGCACUCGUCACAACUUCCGCAGUUUCUGGGCGUCCUCCGGCGUCCCGCUGGGUCUUCUCACUCAAUUUUUGGGAAGCGACAUCGAGUCAGAGUACGUGGACGACGACGAUCAAUUCUUCACUGGCGUCUCCGACUCGUACCAAGUGAAAGAUUCGAGAUGUUGGCGCAUCAAUCAGGUCACCACCAUCAUCCGCAACUUGAGUUUUGAGCCGGGAAAUCGGGUGACGAUAGUCAAAACGUGGCCAGUCAUGAAGUUUCUGAUGAUGUGCGCCUCGUGCAAGUGGUCUCCGCUCUACGUCGCCGCGUUGGAUGCGCUCAGUAAUUUGGCGACUGAUGUAAGUUUAUUACCCAUCCAUUUGCUGAAAAGAUUCUCGUGGAAAUGGUAUUUUGCUCAUGACUUUAUGCCCUUUUUUCAAGCGAAAGUAAGCUUUACAAGGUAACGUAAAAAUACAUCUUCAUUUUGUUAAGCUCGAAGGUAACGUGACGCGUGCAUCUUUUCAGCAAAUUAGCAAUAUCUGAAGCCAUACACCUUAAUUUUCAUGACAUUCUUCCUUUCAGAUUGAUCUCACCGACAAAAUACUGGUACACGUGUCGCAGCACGCGAUCCUCCGCAUAAUCCACGACGGAAUCUUCAGUUUGGACAAAUUCAAACUCAUCCGCGCCCUCGAAAUGCUCACCGGACUGUGCGGAUUUGAGGGAAACGAGGCGAUCAUUUGCGAGUGGCUCAAUCCGCACACAAUCCGUCACAUUUUCGAAGUCGUCGGCGUCAAGGACAUAAUGAUGUGUGUCUACACCCUCGAAUGCCUCUAUCAAAUCUCCGAGAUGGGCGAUUCCGCGUGUGACAUGCUCGCCGACUCGCCGAGAGCCAUCCAACAGCUCGUCUCGAUGGCCACCCUCGAGGCCGUCUCUUUCGGACCCGCCGGACUCGCCGGCAUGAAAGUCGUCGAGUAUCAGCCGCAGUACGCCCCUCAGCCGCAGCAAAUGCAGCAAGCCCCGCAUCCUGUACAGUACUCCCAGCAACAGCGAGUUCCGCAGCAUCUUCAACAGGCACCGCCCACGCAAACCCAAUCGCCCACCGUUCCGCCGCCAAUGACUGUCCGACAGGUCAUUCAGAACAACCUGGCGCUGCAGCAAGUGCAACGAGAGCAAAUGGCUCGGGAGCAGCAGCAAAAUGCCCAGAAUGUGCCUUCCUCGCCGUCCCCCUACGCAAACGGCACCAAAAUGGAUCGUCGCACCGGAAAUCUGCCGAUCCGUCCGAUUGCGCCCUCGACCAACAGCGGCGAUUGCCAAGUGGAACAGUUGACCGAGAAAUGGAUCAAACAGAAUUGCGUUUUCGAGCCGACAAUGUCGACGCCACGUGGCGAGCUCUACGCGGCGUACGUGGACGAUUUGCGCAAUGUAUAUCAUUCAAUGAGCGGAAGUCUGGCCAUGUUCAGCGGUGUCAUGAAGAACCUGUAUCCGGACGUGAAUUUCCGUAUGGCGUCGAACGGAAUCAUGAUUGUCGCACAGGGAAUUCGACUCGUCCGACCGCAUCGACUUGUGCCUUCGCAGAAUUCGACGUCUGACGCUCAUCCGCUGAUGAAGAAAAUGUUGACGACGACGACGGCGGAGAAGGAGAAGGAGAAAGAUGGCGAGGAGAAUGGAGUGAACGGACAUGCUAUGUAAGUGAAAACGCAGAAUUUUGAGUUGUACAGAUACGCCUAUUCAAGCUAAACGUUGAAUUUUGACGUGAUCAAUCAAAGUUAUCGUGUCAUUUCUUUUACGCAUUCACGUAGAAAACUGAAUAAGACUUGAAACGCUUUGAUAAUUUUCACGUAGCUGUUAAUUUUUCAGUGAUGACGUGAUCGCGGAGCCAUCUGUGAUGCCGAAAGAGCCAGUGGAGCCGGAAGAUUCUCAAGAGACCAAGGAGAAAGAAAUCAACGAGCAAAAAGCGCCAGUUCCUAUUAGUGACAAGGUGAGCACCUCGAAACCAUGAAAAUCCAUCUUCCUGCGCUUCUUUUUCUACCUUUGCAUGCCACUAUUUCUCCUUUCUGUUCUCUACUUCUCUUCCUUUCUCUAUUUCUCAUUUUCGCGCAGAAGAAGCUGUUGAACGGAUGCGCGGGCGGAACCAUGGAAGUGUGUCAGGAGCCGGUGCAAGCCUCCGAACUGUUUGACGAGAACGACAUGAAGAACGGCAGCGAGGUGGCCAUCGAAAUACGCGAACAGCAGCAGUUUGUGGUGUGUGUCUCGUUGAAAUUGUGUUUUUGGAUUUGUGCUUCCCUUUGUUCAGUUUAUUUCGGGAAAUACUGAAGCAUUUUGUGUACCAUAUUGCCAUGUUAGGCUAAAACAGCCUGUAUCAAAAUCAAUUAACAUUAGAGAGAUAUCGAGAAGCUUCCAUAGGUGCAAGAACAUUGUGCCGCCCGACCUAUGAAAAUUUCUUGCUUCGGUCAUUUUUCCUUAAUUUUUUUUCAAACGAUAGAGAAUUUAUGCUGAAAACGAAUAUCAUAGGAAAUUUGACGACAACCCACGUGGCACAAUUGGAAACACCUAUGGAAGCUUCUCAGUCCAGCUAAUAACCGUACAAAUUCAUUCUGUUAUUGCAGCACGAAUCAGAAGUGAAAACGGAGGAGAAACUGAACGGCGUGAUGUGCAAUGGGAACGGAAAGCCGAAAAAGGUGUCGAUGGCGAGUCGGGCGGCGCACAUUGUGGCGGUCGCCGCGGCCGUCAACGGCGAUUUGGAUCGAUUGAACAACGGAUUGGCGGAGUGCAAAAAAGAGACGGAGCUCAAGGAGAAGUCGGAGCAGAAAGAGCAGGAAAAGGAGCCGGAGGAGAAGGUGAAGCAGACAGAAAAAGAGGAAAAAGACCCUGAAGCGACGACUUCUGGAACUGAGGAGAGGAGAAAAGGUGUGCCGGUCUCUUCGCAGCCGACCGAGUUCAUGUGCGACUGGGACUGCUGCUCCCUCUACUACUUCUCGCCCUCUCACGUCCUCAAGCACUUUUCCGAGGAGCACGUGGCAGAAGAGCUCCGUCUCCUGUGCCGCUGGAACGGAUGCACCGACCCGACGCCGCGGAAUCGCUGGUCCCUGAUCACACACAUUCAGGACACGCACUGCAACGAGACACAGCUGAAAGCGGCGGCGCAGAAGCGGAAGGACGGCGGAGUGCAGCGCGGAAUGCCACGUGCCGAAGUGCAGCCACGUGACAACCACCCCGGCUACGCGAAAAACGCCGCGUUCGACGCCAUCCGCAGGCACGCCUUCAACUAUUUGGCGCGCGAGCUGACGGACGAGGCGGAAGGACCUGUGACAAAGAGCAUUCGGCUCACGAGCUGUCUUAUCUUGAGAAAUUUGGCCAGAUACUCGGCGGAGGGAAGACAGUGAGUUUCAUUUAACUUUUCUAUUUUUGAACACUACUAAAUGUUAUCCGUUUCCAGAAAACUGCGUCGUCACGAAUCGCACAUUUGCUGGCUGGCACUCUCCCGUUUGGAAAGUUCGCACGCUCUUUCCCAACUGCUCUCCGAGCUGCAUCAGUCUCCCGUCGCAGAAGAGGAUCAGCAGAAGGGCGGCUCCAUUUCGGCAGUUCCCUCGUCUGCUUCUCUCUCCUCGAUGGCCGGCACUUCGCAACUUCCGCCGAUUCCUGACUCGCCCACGCAAACCAGCUCAAUGGCGACGCCGAUGCGGAAAGCGGAGGCGGUGAGCAGCAAUCGCGCCGUGCCCGUCAACAGGAUGCUCAGCUUUUCGGCGGCGCUUGUCUCCUCGCCUGCUCCCUCGACCGAUAUGGUAAGAAUUCCUGAAAUUUCUUGAGAAAAGCAAACAAUUUGCAACUUUUUUUUUUGAAAAUUACGUGACCCUUUUCGCGACCUUAAAGCGAAAAGUGAUACAUUUCUGCCUGAAUUUUUGUAAAAAAAAAUUACGUGAAGGAAGGUCACGCGUUAAAGGUUGUUUUGAAACGUGAAAAGUAACUGAAGUUCACCUGACCUUUUCUUCUCAUUUCUGCCGAAGUUUGACGUGGCAUCAGCCCACGUGAAAAUCCGUAAUUUCACGUAAAGUGUAUACAAUUUCCUCUAGUUCCAGCCUUCCACGUCCUCUGCGUCUUCCACGUUUUCGACGGGAGCACGUCAUCAGACGAUCCAGCAGCAUCUUCCUGCUCAGCCGUCGCCACUCGUUCAAACAACACCUGUCCGCGCGGGCGCUGGACACUAA